AUGGCUCUUAAAAUUUCUGCUCUUUUUUCAUGCAUAUUUCUCAUUUUCCUAGUUCUUCUUGUCUCUUGCAAUGCGAAGAAAACAGAGAGGACAAAUAGCAAAAAAUCACCGCCCUUUGAUUUCAUCAAACAUUUGGAGGGCUGCCACAAGGGUGAAAAAAUUAAGGGCAUUCAAGAACUCAAAAAAUACCUCGAAAAAUAUGGUUAUCUUGAUUAUCAUCAUUCAAGAAACAAAACCCAUGAGAAUGAUGACGAGUUUGAUGAUUUAUUAGAAUCUGCAAUCAAAACCUACCAGUUCAAUUAUCAUAUAAAUGCCACUGGAAUUUUAGAUUCUGAAACGGCGUCGAAAAUGAUGACACCUCGAUGUGGGGUGGCAGACAUUAUCAAUGGAACAACCAGAAUGCGAGUAGGUGGAAUGAAAAAUCAGUAUAGCCAUGGAGGAGGUAGAAGCUCCAUUCAUACGGUGUCGCAUUACAGUUUCUUCCCGGAAAACCCUAGAUGGCCAUCUUCUUCAACACAUUUAACUUAUCAGUUUUCACGCUCUACUCCUGCAGAAGCCAAGGAACCCGUUUCAAGAGCCCUUGAAAAAUGGGCUUCUGCAACACAUUUUAAAUUUUCAUUGGCUCAGAAUAUUCAAAAUGCAGAUUUAGUCAUUGGUUUCCAUAGACGUAAUCAUGGUGAUGGAGCACCGUUCGAUGGCCGAGGUGGGAUCCUGGCUCAUGCUUUUGCACCAACUGAUGGGAGGUUUCACUAUGAUGCAGAUGAAUCAUGGUCCGUUGGUGCCAUCCCAGGUCAACAUGAUCUUGAAACUGUAGCAUUACAUGAAAUUGGGCAUCUUCUUGGACUUGGGCACAGCUCUGUCGAAGAUGCAAUCAUGUAUGCGAGAAUUAGUGCUGGAGUGACAAAAAAUCUGCAUGCUGAUGAUAUACAGGGAAUCAAAGCUUUAUAUAAUGUUUAA